AAGAAUCAGCUAUCUGUUAGGUUUUUUCGCCAAACUCUUGCACAUGCGCAUAUGAUGCGCUUGGCCUGGCUCUAAUCUUAACCAUAACCUUUGAUGCACUUGGGAGAAUUGGAACCUACAUUUCUCGAAAAUUUGGAGUAACCUAGACGGGACUUGUUAGAAAUGAUACACAGGACCUCUUGGUGAAGGAUGCUGACUGUUGUUAGAGCUGCUAGGCGUGCCCUCUCAAACCUCAGGAGCAUCUCCAUAUCUGCCCUGGAGUCAGGAUACCAGCAGGCUAAUGUUGUCAUCCUGCCCAGUCAUCUGGCCAAUGACUUCCAGGCGUUCUGUCACAGUAACCCUGGACCCUUGCCACUUCUUUAUCGCAGCCAGGCAGGAGAAACUGCGUGCCCACCUCUUGCUAGAGACUUUGACAUAAGGACUGAUAUCUCUCAGUACUGUGUCUAUGAGAACGGUCGUCUCGUGAGGACAGUCUCCAGCCUGCAGGGCUGCAGUGCUGAACUAAGGGCUGCAUCAGAGAAGCAGACAUGGUCAGACAUGGUGUGUUUCUAUCUGGGAUGCAGUUUUGGCUUCGAAGGCCAACUGAAGAAAGCUGGAGUUCCUGUCAGGAACGUGGAGCAGGGCAGAAAUGUCAGCAUGUACAGGACUUCGGUCCCCUGUGUUUCAGUUGGAGUGUUUAGCUGUCCCUUAGUGGUCACUAUGCGUCCUGUUUCUGCUGACCUGUUGAACGCAGCAUUGCAGAUUACUCACCUCAACCCACUAGCACAUGGAGCUCCCAUACACAUAGGACAUCCAGCUUUUCUAGGCAUACAGGAGCUGUCCAAACCAGACUAUGGGGACCAGGUUGAGCUGCAGCCUGGGGAUGUUCCAGUCUUCUGGGCAUGUGGAGUGACUGCUAUCGAGGCAAUACUGAGCAGCGAGGCGUCGUUGGCGUUCAGCCACUCACCAGGCUGUAUGUUCAUGACUGACAUUCCCGACUCCUCUUCAUCCAUAACUUCUCCCACCACACCUGCUGACCCGGAUCCUGAGCUCACCCCCAGCUGCUUCUUGCUAUCCCACGAUCCCUUGUUUUACAGCUUGGCAUCCCACAGGGCAGUGGAAAAGAUCAGACAGUUGGAGAGGAUUAUCGGAGAGGAUCCAGGUCAGCGAGGGAUCAGAGCUUUAUUUGUUCAGGAUGAACUCCUACACUCCUGUCUGGCACUCUCCCACUCCUCUUCUGUUGCCAUAACAACGGGCUUCCCCACACAUUAUAUGCACAGCCCCCCCGAUGAGACAGAUGGCCCCCCCGGAGCCAUUGCCAUAGCGACUAUGCUGCUGGCCCUUGGGAAACAGGUGACGCUGAUAACGGACAGGAGAGCACUAGAGAUGAAUCAGGACAUCAUGGAAGAAGCUGUGAAGACAGGUGUGCUGAAAUCUGCAAUCCCAUUGGUUGUCUUUGAAAAAAACAAGUCGGACUCUGCCCUCCACUUCUUGUGUCACCAAGGAGACCGCAGCAAGCCCAGGUUUGACCACUUGCUGGCAAUAGAGCGUACUGGUCGAGCUGCAGAUGGAAAUUACUACAACAUGAGAGGAAUCAACAUCAAACAUCUGGUGGAUCCUAUUGACGAUUUGUUUAUUGCUGCCACAGAUAUACCUGGAAUUAUUACCACAGGAAUCGGUGAUGGUGGUAAUGAGUUGGGGAUGGGUAAAGUAAAGGACAAAGUCAAGAGCUUCAUGCCCAAAGGGAGCUUAGUUGCCUGUGAUAUUGCGGCUGAUUAUGCAAUUACUGCUGGGGUGUCCAACUGGGGAGGUUAUGCUGUGGCCUGUGCACUCUAUCUGCUCCAUACCUGUCCGUCCCACCAGCGAUACCUGAAGAAAGGACUAGGAGCGGAACCUGUAACUUCCCCGGCACAGCUCCAGGACUGGGCUGCUAACCUGCCGUCUGUGGACAAGGAGGAGUCUAUCCUCUCUACCCUGGUGCGUUUCGGGAUACGAAGUGGCAAAACCGGUCACCUGGCCAUGGAAGUGGAUGGAUUGACCUUUCACCCCACACACUCUGACAUCAUCACCAGACUACUGGAGGCUACACAAGGCCCCACCCACUAAGAACUGACACCUGACCCUUAACCUGCGCCCUAUGAAGCCAUUGGAGUAGAUUUCUUUAGAAAGUGGAGGAUUUAAAAGGGCAGAAUUACCCAAGCUCUGUUUGCCUGUGUUUCAGAUUUGAUGUAAGAUAUUUUUUUUCAUAUAGUAUUACUAAGAAUAUUAAUAAUAUUCUUAUUCAUAAUAAGAAGAAUAUUAGGACUACUGGAACAAAUUAUUGUGAAUUCAGGUCACAGCCAAGCAGGAGAAACAGAAUCAAGCAUUCAAAGUACACACUCAAACGUUGUGUUUGCACUUGUGUGUGGUUGUAAAUGCUACCUUAGUGUAGCAAAGUAGCAAAGAAGAGGAAAUAACUUUUGUCUUUCAUUCUCAGCUUUGCUAUUGAAUGUAUAAUAAAUGUGAGCAGAAAUUCAUGAAAACUACUGCCAAAUACUUUGUUUCUUACAGUGGUUUGAAAAAUGAAAAAAAAGUGUUUAUGUCACUGAAGAAGUGCCAUUUUUGGUCUGGCUGUAAUUUUACAAGUAAUGGCAGCAAACAAUUUUUCUCACAAUACUUUUUGCCCAUUGCCAGCCUCAGUCCCUGCUGAAGACAAGAUAAGUGCUCAUCAAAAUAUUACUUGUGUGUUAGUUUUUUAAAGUAAUCUUGAGCUAAACAUUACAUCUUGAGCUACACAUUAUGCUGCUAAUAUCAGCAUAAUGUGUAGCUCAAGAUGUAAUGUAAUGUAAUUAUGUAAUGUAAUUAUGUUAGAGGUGAAUAUUAUUUUUUGAGUUAUAAUGGAGAUAUUGAGAUUUUGUUUCUUUUUUCACAAUGGAAAUGUGAUGUGAUCAUAAUAAGAUGAUUUGUUUCUUACCAUCCCUCCACUGGGAAAGGUGAAUUAGCUUCUGUAACAAACAAAAAAAAAA